UGGAGCUUUAACAAGUCAGGAUGUACUUCCGCACCGACAGUUAGGCUAAGCUACCAUGGCGCUGGAUGUAAAACCCAGAACAAAACGUUACGAAAAGCUGGAUUUCCUCGGAGAGGGUCAGUUUGCCACAGUGUACAAAGCCAGAGACAAAACCACUCAGACCAUUGUUGCCAUUAAAAAGAUUAAGGUUGGUCACAGAGCUGAAGCUAAAGAUGGUAUCAAUCGGACUGCUCUCCGAGAGAUAAAACUGCUGCAGGAGUUGCAUCAUCCAAAUAUAAUUGGGCUCCUGGAUGCUUUUGGACACAAAUCCAACAUCAGCCUGGUGUUUGAUUUCAUGGAAACUGAUCUCGAGGUGAUCAUUAAAGACACCAGCCUAGUGUUGACUCCAGCCAACAUCAAGGCCUACAUCCUCAUGACUCUACAGGGAUUAGAGUACCUCCACCAUCACUGGGUCCUCCACAGGGAUUUGAAGCCCAAUAAUCUGCUGUUAGAUGACAACGGUGUGUUGAAGUUGGCUGAUUUUGGUUUGGCGAAGUCAUUUGGAAGCCCCAAUAGAGUCUACACGCAUCAAGUUGUUACCAGGUGGUACCGUUCCCCUGAGCUCCUGUUUGGUGCCCGGAUGUAUGGUGUAGGUGUUGACAUGUGGGCAGUAGGAUGCAUUUUGGCAGAGUUACUCCUUCGGAUACCAUUUCUUGCUGGAGACUCAGAUCUUGAACAACUGACUAAAAUCUUUGAGGCUCUUGGGACCCCCACAGAGGAGACUUGGCCUGGAAUGACUAGUCUACCAGACUAUGUGUCCUUCAAAAUAUUUCCUGGUACACCUCUGGAACAUAUAUUUAGUGCAGCUGGUGAUGACUUACUAGAGCUGCUACAUGGUCUCUUCACCUUUAACCCAUCAACAAGAAUCACAGCUACACAGGCUUGAAGAUGAGGUACUUCAGUAAUCGGCCCGGGUCCCACUCCUGGUCCAAACUACCUCGACCCAACUGUUUAGCUGAAGCUCUGAAGGAGAAGAAGACGCCAUAGGACUCAAAAGGAAAUAGAGGGCCCUAGAAACAAGUGUAAUGAAGAAGAAGCUAGUUUUCUGACAAAGUGGACCUUGUGAUUCUUCACAUGGUCAUGUACUCAGGAUGGUCCACAGAUGAGGUUCCAUGUCCAUCAGCAAAAAGGGCUCGUAUAUUGUUAACAUUAGGACAUGUUAGCGGUUGUUGGCUGUUUAAGAAAUGGGGAUUGUGAUUUUUGUCCUUAGACAUCAUGAUGUUUAGCGAGCGG